AUGUCUGCUGUCGCUGCCUCAAAGUCUUCCCAGUUGGCCCGCCUCUUGUCGCGCUCGGCCAAGCUCGCCGCUCCCGCAACCGCCCGUAUGGUUCACGUCUCGUCGGCGUUCAACCUUCGCAUCAACAGUGCCAUUGCUGCUCCUGCCAGCGGCCUUGCUCGUCAGUACAGCUCGAAGAGCUACCCCACUCACCAGAUCGUCGGCAUGCCCGCACUCUCACCCACCAUGACACAGGGCAACGUUGGCCAGUGGCAGAAGAGCAUCGGCGACAAGAUCGAGCCCGGAGAUGUUCUCGUUGAGAUCGAGACUGACAAGGCCCAGAUGGACUUUGACGUCGAGUCGCCUGUUGCCAUUAUUGUUGAGAACGAGUCGGAUGUCGCUGCAUUUGCUGAUUACUCGCUGGAUCAGGCCCAGUCUGGUGGUGCUACCGCUGCCGAGCCCACCAAGGAGACUGCUGCUGCCCCGGCUGCUGCUGCCAAGGCCCAGGAGUCUGCUGCUUCGACCUCAGCUCCGGCUGCCGAUGGAUCGCGCAUUUUCGCGAGCCCUCUGGCCAAGACCCUGGCCAAGGAAAAGAACAUUGACCUUGCCCAGGUCUCUGGCACUGGUCCCCGCGGCCGCAUCAUCAAGGCUGACAUUGAGAGCUUUGUUGCCUCGGGCGCCAGCAAGGCCGCUCCCGCUGCUGCUUCCACCCCUGCCUCUGCCCCUGUUGCUGCUGCUGCUGCGCCUGCCACUCCCAAGGCUGCCAAGGCCGCCCCUGCUGCUGUUGCUACUUCGGCUGGUUUCACGGAUAUCCCUCUGACAAACAUGCGCAAGGUCAUUGCCACGCGUCUGACCGAGGCCAAAUCGACGAUCCCUCAUUACUACCUGACGCAGAACAUCACGAUGGAUAAUGUGAACAAGCUGCGCAAGUCUCUCAACACGGCGGCCAACGGUGCCUAUAAGCUGUCAGUCAACGACUUUGUCAUCAAGGCCGCGGCCAGCGCUCUGCGCGACGUUCCCGAUGUCAACAGCUCGUGGCAGGGAGAGUUCAUCCGCCAGCACCACCACGCGGAUAUCGCCGUGGCCGCCGCCACACCCGCCGGUCUUAUCACUCCCAUUGUGAAGACUUGCGAUGCCAAGGGACUGCGGGCUAUUUCGUCCGAUGUUCGUGAUUUGGUUACCCGCGCUCGUGCCAAUAAGCUGAAGCCCGAGGAGUUCCAGGGCGGUAGUUUCACUAUUUCCAACUUGGGCAUGUACGGUAUUACGUCCUUCUCGGCUAUCAUUAACCCUCCCCAUUCGGCCAUUCUGAGCGUGGGUACGACGGAGCCCCGCUUGGUGUUGGAUGAGGCUUCGGAGAAGGGAUUCAAGUCGGUUGAUAUUAUGUCGGUGCAGUUGUCGGCGGAUCACCGGGUUGUUGAUGGUGCCACGGGUGCUCAGUUCCUCAAGGCCUUCAAGGGAUACCUUGAGAACCCUCUUACUCUCCUGCUGUAA